CCGGCGGGCUCACAGGAUUCAGAGCCUGUAGAGAGAGAGGGCCUUCGAGUUUGAACAGCAGGCGGUGGGCAGGCUUGAACGGGCAGACUGACGGCCAAAGUGGACUUCUCAGGCGUCGCAAUGUCCACAAAGCCGGGUUCGAACUUCGGUGUCGCGGGUCGGCUUUGUCUCCCGGGGUGAACGAGUCCCAACCGAGUAAUGAGUGGCCGAAAUGAAGACUCGAGCGAGUCCCCUUUUGGACCCCUUCUUUGGGUCUUUUGGGGGGUGGUGUCAGGUGUUAGCGGACGACGUUGCAGCAAUGUUUCUUUUCUGAACUGGGCAGCUGUUCAGGUUGCUUUUUUCUCUGGUGGUGCUUUUGCCGUUUUCCCCCGUUUGGCAUGGGCGGGUGGGCAUUCAAGGGCCAAGAGUGCCACGAGGAACGGGAAAAUGUGCGCGGGAAGGUUUGAUUAUGUAUUAGUAUCCGUCGUCGGUAGCGUGUAUUCGUACUAGUAGUGGUAGUAUUGGGACCGGGUACAGAGUAGGCGAAUGUUGGGGGGUAAAGUGACGGGCC